UGCCCGCCUGGCUCGGCGGACGGCGACCUGGCGAGGUGUGGAACUCGAGCGUUUAGCCGGGUUCCGCCACGCAGGUGGCCUCCGCAGACGCGCUGACCGCCUCCCUCUUCCCUUUGACGACUUUGGAAUAGCUACCGCAUAGAUUCUCUUCUAGAAUGCAGAGGAUGGCAUUCCCUGUGGAUAUGCUGGAUAAUUGCAGUCACGAGGAACUGGAAAAUUCUGCUGAGGAUUACAUGUCAGAUCUAAGGUGUGGGGACCCUGAAAAUCCUGAGUGUUUUUCUCUUCUCAAUAUUACGAUUCCUAUUAGCCUGUCAAAUGUAGGCUUUGUACCUCUUUAUGGUGGAGACCAGACCCAGAAAGUUCUUGCUCUUUUUGCACCUGAGGACUCACUCACAGCUGUGGCACUUUACCUUGCUGAUCAGUGGUGGGCUAUUGAUGAUAUUGUGAAAACAUCUGUCCCUUCUAGAGAGGGGCUUAAGCAGGUGAGAACUCUUGGGGAGAGAGUGGUUCUGUAUGUUCUGAAUCGAAUUAUUUAUAGAAAACAGGAAAUGGAGAGAAAUGAGAUCCCAUUCCUGUGUCAUAACAGUACUGAUUAUGCUAAGAUUCUGUGGAAGAAAGGAGAGGCCAUUGGGUUUUAUUCAGUUAAGCCUACAGGAAGCAUAUGUGCCUCAUUUCUUACCCAAAGCUACCAACUGCCAGUUCUUGAUACAAUGUUUGUAAGAAAGAAAUAUCGAGGCAAAGAUUUUGGGCUUCAUAUGCUGGAGGACUUUGUUGAUUCCUUUACAGAAGAUGCACUUGGCUUGCGAUAUCCACUGUCCUCUCUCAUGUACACAGCUUGCAAGCAAUACUUUGAAAAGUAUCCGGGAGACCAUGAACUCCUUUGGGAAGUUGAAGGUGUUGGGCACUGGUACCAGCGAAUACCAGUCACCAGAGCAUUGCAGAGAGAAACACUUAAGAUGACAGCACUUUCUCAAAAUGAAGCUAAAAGACCUAUGUCUGGAGAAGAUGGUCUUGCAUCUGUUCCGGAAUAUGAAGCAGGAACUGAAGACAAUCAGUCUAGUGAGAUGCAGCUAACUAUUGAUUCUCUAAAAGAUGCCUUUGCAAGCACUUCUGAAGGUCAUGAUAAAACACCUGUUUCCACUCGUACUCGGAGUAGUCAGCUAAAGCGGCCACAGAUUGGAAAGCGGUUUCAGGAUUCUGAGUUUAGUAGUUCUCAAGGGGAAGAUGACAAGACUCCCCAGACCUCACCCACAGCUUCAGUAAACAAAUUUGAGUCUACAGCACACACCUCAGAGAGCUCAGAAGAAUUCCUGGAAGAAGAACCUGAACAGAGAGUGAUUGAAUUUGAGGAGGAAAGUAGUGAUAAAGAUGCUCGGCAAGCACUGGAAACCCAGCCAUGCCUGGAAAAGCAAGAUGGUGAAAAGGAAUCUGAAUUAGAGCCUAUGAAUGGUGAGAUAAUGGAUGAUGCUCUUAAGACCUCACUUACAACUGAAGAGGAGGACUCCACUAGUGAGGUUUUAGAUGAAGAGUUAAAAUUGCAGUCUUUUAAUUCCAGUGAAGACUCUACGAAUUUUGUUCCACUGGUAGUAGAAUCUUCAAAACCCCCUGAGGCUGUUGCACAGGAUAAGGCCUCACAUGUAACUGACUCAGAAAUGUUGCUCGAGGAAGGCCCAUCUGAUGAAAAGGGGCACCCCGAAGAGAAACUGCCACUAGUUUCAAGGAAGAAAGCCCACUUUGGGGGUUCAGACAAUGUUGCUACUAUCCCAAAUGAAGAGCGGUCUGACAGUGGUUUUCCAAACUCUGUGGUAACUGAGUUUUCUGAGGAAUCCAUCUCUGAAAACUUAUCCCCCAACACUACUUCCUCAUUGGAAGACCAGGGCGAGGAGGGGAUACCCGAGCCCCAGGAAACGUCUGCAGCUCUUCCGCAGAGUUCUUUGAUAGAGGUUGAACUUGAAGAUGUGCCGUUGUCACAGAGCGCAGGACAGAGGAACCAGUCGGAGGAGCAGUCGGAAGCGUCUUCUGAGCAGCUGGAUCAGCUUACACAGUCGACAGAAAAAACUGCGGACAGCAGCUCGGAGGAGAUGGAGGUGGAGGUGCCUGUGGUGGACAGGCGGAGCUUAAGAAGAAAGGCCAAGGGGCACAAGGGGCCUGGUAAGAAGAAGGCCAAGCUGACCUGAGUGAAGACAACACGCACAUGGCGAAUCCUCUUCUUUGUAACAUAACGGUUGUUUUUUAAAUAUGGUGAUUAAUAAAUAGCAUGGGGCACAGGACUAAAAUUCCACAAGUUCAAUUUGGACUUAUUUAUGAUGCCGUUUUUCCCUCCCCCUUAGGACCUAGGAUUCACCAUUCUUUUUAAUUUUUCAGGCUAUUUUGUGUAAAUACAAUUUUUUAUUUUUAUUAACCAUGUUUCGAUUUGGGGAAACCAGAUCAUACUAUUUUUUCUUUAGCAUUUGGAGACAUCUGACCAUUAAUAUUUCAGAAAAUACAAAUUAAAAAACUGUGAAAGUAGUAGGCUUUCUAUUACUUGUAAGGAUCACAGAAAUCUUUUAUAUUAAGGGUUUUAAUAGUAAACUUGGUGAGGGUUCUAGAAAUUUUAUCUCAAAUAUCAAAACUAAUCACCAUUUUUUAAAAUGUAGUCACGCCUAAACAAAAGUGUCAGUAAAUUGGAAUAAAUAUAACUUCAACUAAGUGAGAGCACAAAUACGGAAAUUUGUGGUCAAAGGUUUAUGAAGGUGGUAUUUUGGCCUCUUAAUUCUUAGUUGUGUAGAGGCAAUUUCUUCCUUUGACUUCAAUGUUGGUGGAAAGGUAGAAAAUCUGUUUCCAACUCACUCUUUAAACAUCUCAUACUAGUAGUACUGCUAGGGAUUUACCUCUGGCAUGUGGGCACUAGUGUAAGUAUUUGAAAUUUCACAUGAAGAUGGGGACUGUGCUCUUCUCACCCAGUUAACGUGUAUACUUCAGGAGUGUGAGAACCCUUCCUCAGGCUUCUUGAGCCUGCCACUGCCGUUACUCUAGAAUCUUACUUAUAUUCCCCCAGCUUUCAUCCACUUCCCUGACCCAUGGAGUGAGUCCUGUCCAGAGACCUGCGUGCCUGCCAGCUUGUGCCCUUGGCAUCCAUUUCUGGGUAGGUUUGGGGCUGCACCCCAAUCUGGGACCUAGGUGGCAGGAAUAAAGCUGCUCUGGGAGCUGCAGUUACAAGAGCUUCAGUCACUCUGGAGGCUGUGGUUGUCCCUUUGGUUUUGCUCACUCUUGAUUUGUUCCGUGAGGACAGGUUACAAGCUAGCCUGUGUGUAUACACUGUGUUGCCAUAGCAAAGGCCUUUGCCUAGGAAAACAAAAAAAUCUCUCAAUCGUUAAUUUUUGUAUAGUAAUUUAUUGAAAAAUGAAUCAGUUAUUCUUAGAAUCCAAAGAGAAUGUCAGAACAAUCCUACUCUUUGGAAGUAUUCUGUGUACUCAAAUUUGCACUUAAGUUGGAGACUGCUUUGAGACUGUUUAGGUUGUUCUUAAAACCGCUUGGUCCUUACGUGAAAAAAACGUGUUAUGACUUUGUGUCAUUAUUUGAGGUGCUAAGGACUGAUGCUGAAGGUUUAUUCAGUCUACAGUCAGGUGAUGUCAUUAUAUUUGGGGAUGUUGGUAUUUUAGAAGGAUCUAAUAAGUUGAGUUAAAAUCCUCAAGCCAGCAAAACAGCAAACCCUCCUAUUCGUGUAAAAUUUUGAAUACUUGUAUCUCCUACAUUUUCUUUAAUUACUGGUCAGAGGUGAGCCAGAUUAUUUCACUCUAAAUGAAAAUUAAAGCACUUUGGCCAUUUGUUUUCUUAACAAAUGCUAAUUAAGUGGAAGAAUAAGUAUGACUAAUACUAGUGUAUCUGUUGAACAUAUAUGCUGUUUUAUACAUUUUGUGGGAAACUUUUGUUAAUACUACAUUUAGGGAAAUAGAGAUUAAGAUUUAGCAAAUUCUUAACCUUUCCAUUUUUAAUUUCUUAAAAUAGAUUUAAAAACCUAACACUUAGAUAUUUUACUUUUUUACUUGGACUGUUCAUUGUUCUCUUUAAAAUACUUUCUUUAAAAAGGUGUAGUUUAAGAAGAUUGAGCUCACUGAUGACUCGUGUGAAUAGUCACUCAUUUUACAAGAAAAUGUCUAUUCAUAUAUGAUCACUGGGGACUAACAGUAUAAACUUGUUUGGUUUGUUCUUAAACAGUAAGUGCAUUUUAAGCAAUUUCAAAAUUUUUCAGCACACAGGAAAACUUUUGUUACAUAUUAUCUCUGACAGAAAAUGUUAUUUUGGGGAUUAUAGAUGGUACAUGAGGAAAAGUUAGGUCAUGUGGAAAAACCUAAUGUUCAUGUUCAGUAAAGGAGUUCUAUACCCAGUGAGUAUAGAAUCUAUAACAAUUUAUCCUCAAUAAGGAAUCUAAAUAAAACUUAAUCAGAUACUUGUAGUUUUUGCAAGGGAUUAGAAAAACUUUCAGAAUUAGAGGACUGAAAUCUGAUGUCAGCCAGCUAGGCUAGUUGUUGACUGUCCAGUCACAUUGUAUAGUCCUUUGUGAUCCCUAGAAGUCUUAUUUGUGGAGAAGGGAGUUCACUUCAGUUUGUGUAAAUACGUAUAUAUUUCCUUGUGUAAUAUAAAGCAGUUAUUAGCAAAAUUUUAGUUCUACUUUCAAGUUUAUUCAAUUGCUAGACAUCACAGAAAUAUAUUUAAGAAUUUACUGUAAAGCUCCUCUAUAACUUGUAAAGGUGAGAGGGUCUAUUAUGAUUUUUUAUAAAAUCAAAUAGCAUGACAGAAUGUCAGUCUUCUGUUAUUUAAGAUGUGUGCAUAUUCAUGGUGUUUCCAUUCAGUGCAGAGAAUUAUCAUGGCAAGGAUAACAAUUAACUGGUGAUUAAUGGUUCACUUUUAACUGACCACCAGAACAUUACCUAAAAUGGUUCAGUGACUUUAGAAAAAUAUCUUGAAGGUUUAUGAUUGCAUCAAAUUGAGCCUUUACCUAGAGUCUAAAUAUCUGCUCUUACGUUCUGCUUUACCCUUAGGGAUUCCCUUCUAAGGUUUGGUCACACCAGCAAACUGAAACAGAUCUUAAUGUAAAUAAAAAAUUUAUACUAACAUUACUCAUCUGUGCAACAGUAUUUUAGAAAUAAAGUUCUGCCCUGUAUGUCCACUAGUAGCAAUAUGGUGUUUAAGGUGUUAUCCAGUCUCUCAUGGGUGUGAUUAGUUAAAAGUGUUAGGCUUCUGUUUGCAUACUUAAUAUCAAGCUUUCUUUGUACAAGAUAAUUGGCGUAUUUUUGGUUCUAAAAAAUAAGCAAACUUCAGUUCUAUAGUAUCCAGUGCUUACCUUUAGUUGAUUUAUUUCUUUUACUUUCCAAAACUUAAGUCAUUCACACAUUCCCUAUUUCUAUUAGUAGCAAAAUCAUUUGUUAAAAUCUGUUAACAAGGUUCAGCUUCUGUCAUCCUGAAGUAAUUGUAUCAUACUGGAUAAUCAUUCCCAAGGAACUGGCCUUUCUUUUCCUAAGUGUCUGUGUUGUUCUAAAGCUUCUACUAUGUUUAUACAACUUAGAAAAGAUGUUACAUUAUUCAGAAUAUCAAGUCUUACUCAAGUACUUAUGUUUGUUUUCUUGAUAGUUUUCUUUUAAGUUUCAAAGUAGUAAUUAAACCUAUAUUUUGUGAUGGUUUCCUGGUCUGUGUUUUGAAAUUCUUUCCCUUUUCCCUAAUUUCACUGAUGAACAUGUGUUUAGAUACUGAAUUUGUUUAGACAUUAAAUGAUUUUGUUAAAGGUACAAUUAAUCACAUUGGUUGUACUUUCAAGAUAAACUUUAAAAAGUAAACAAAUUAAAACAAUUAACUUAAUUGAUUAAUGUAAUAUGUAGACAACCUAAAGCUCAAAGCUACGUAUAAUUCAGAUCACAAAAGUGCUUUGACCAAGUUACAACCCUGAAACAUAAACAUUUUUGUAUUAUCUAAGUAACUGAAAAUAAAUGUCUUUUUAAGGGCA